CGUUUCUAGGGUGUGUAUCGUCUUAAUUUUUUAUUACUUUUACAUUUUUACAGCAAAAACACAGUAGAACAAAUUUUGCUAAAGAGCUGCAGCUUUUCAAGAAAACCCUACCAAUCUCCACAUCAAAAAAUUACCAAAAAUAGUUAGAUUUCACUUUAUUACCAGCACCUUUAUAAAACACAUACAUUCAAAAAGCACUUUUUACAUUCGCCAUACGUAUAAAUCAACAACACUUAUAACUAAAAUCACACAAACAACUUUGCAAAUUCUUUACGACAUAUAUUGUGCGAAUUUUCAACCAUAGGCCUAUCCGAGACAGCAGUUAUGGACGUAAUGUCAUCCUCAUUGCAGCAGCAACGUAUAGUCGUCGAUCAAUUGCGACGCGAGGCAUCCAUCGCACGUCAGCCGGUCACUGAGUCCUGCGCUCAGAUGAUCAAAUAUAUCACGGAGCAUGAACAAGAGGAUUAUCUUUUGACUGGAUUCUCCAGUCAGAAAGUUAAUCCCUUCCGUGAGAAGUCGUCAUGCACCGUGCUAUAAACUAUUUACAACAUUCACCAUGCAAAGCUAGAAAAUGCGUUAACAUUGCCGAUACUGACAUGGGGGAGUAUAUAUGGUGAGGAGGAUAAGUUUGGUGCGAAGCUUUCGUGGAAUGUACAACAAAUUUCUACGGAUUUGAAAUUGGAGUUUUGCAGUAAAUUAAUUGCUGUAACGUGGGUGGACGUGUGUGCGUGUGUAUUGUACAUGUAAUAACAUGUUGAAUGGGGUAGCGGCCAAGAAGGGCGAGCAGGAAAUGCAAAUUUGACAGCGAGGGCGGCGAUGAACGCGUAUUCGGCCGCUACAACAACAACAACAUGAGCGCGUACAAUUUGAAUACGAACAAUAUCUCAAGUACUAUGGGACAAUUAAGUACACAUAUUAAACUAAAAUAAGAAUGAAAUUCAAAUAACUAAAACAAGUAAAUACAUACUCAGAUGUCUACUCAUACAAACGCAUUUGAUGGUGAAUUAUAUACUAAAAACUAUUAAUCUUUCUGACCACAUUCACACAUAUUAUAUACACAAAUAUAUAUAUUUAUCUACAAUUUGUAAACCAAAAAUUUAAUAUGAUUAUAGGCCGCGAGAGCGAACGUGUGGCAAACAGAAAUCUUUGACUAGCAAUUUAAAGACCACCAAGAAUUAGAACCACCAUAAAAGUUCUUAAAUCAGUAUGUAAUACUACACAUAGAUUUCGGAAAGCCAUGUUAUCUUGUAUAAAACACACUUACACACUCUCGCAUUUACACGAUACAGACUUAUACAAAAGUAAGUGCAAUUGCACACAUUACAAAAAUAAUUAAAAAAAUUAUAAUUCUUUAUAUUUCUGUGUAAACUAAUUUAUAAAAACAUAUACUAUAUACUCUAUGCUAAAGGAAAAUACAACAAAUAAAGUUAACCUAUGUAUUGGCAAAAUAUCCAACAACAAAA